CGAUAAUGAGAUAUCGAUAUCAUUGUUUCUACGUCGAUAUCGAUAUUCUUGGUCAUCGAUAUUUUCCAAUAUAUCGUACAUCCCUAGUUAAAUUGCUUUGCUUUAUUUAUUUUAAAUCAUAAUACUUUGUAUAUAGAAUUAAAAAUCAUAAAAAUUUUCGAAUUUACCAAAAUUGCCAACUUGCCAAGUGUUCAAUUCAAUUCCCAACAAUUCCCAAAUACUUUAACAUUCUAGUACCUUAUUGAUAAAAUUAUUUGUUGAUAAAAAUUCAAUUUAAAAUUAAAAUCUUAACCUGAACAAUUCCAACCAAAUUGAAGUUUUUCUGAUUUUAAUAAGAAUUAGAAUGUCCUUCCCUCGGACAACUAUUGUGGUUUUGUUAACUUUUUUAGCUAUUACUAGUAUUUUUUGUGAAAAUAAAUACUCUAAGGAUGCCAAUGUAAAGAAAAGUAAAGGUGUUGAUUUUAGAACUUUAGAAAAGCCCUUCAGGAUGAAUAAACUAAAUCUUCUAUGGUUAAAAGCUCAACAGAGAUUAUCUGAACCUAAACUUAAAUCAUUGUACAGUGAUUUGAUGCUACAAGAUAAAGAAGAACUUACAUUUAAGAGAUUCAAAAGUGAAGGCGGUGACAAAGAGGGUUUAAAAGAAGCCGAGCUGAGACGUAAACUCUCAAAUAUUAUGGCAGCGUAUGGGCUUCGUGAACAUUUUGGGGUUACUGGUGCACGUCAAAAAGAGCAUGAGGCUUCUAAUUCAGUAAUAGAUGACCACAUAAAUAAAAGCUUGUUCAAAGAUAAGAAGUUGAAUCUUUUAUGGUCAAAAGCUGAGGCAUCAGGUUUCACUAGUGCAGAAUUGGCAGCGCUAAAAGAAGAGUUCAAUCAUCACCAGGAUAAGAUUGAUCAGUACUAUGAUUUACUAAAAGAUGUAGAAAGUGGUCCAAAGGAUGGCUAUAAAAAUGUUGUAGAUGAAGAAGAAAUAGACAAAUACAAUGAAAUCAACAACCCUUUAGAGACCAAUGAGAUAAACAAAGAGUUCAUAGAUAAAGCAAACUUGGUGAGAGAGAAGCACCGAGGACUAAGGGAUGGAUAUGACAGGUUACAGAGAAUCACUGCUAAAGGUCCAAACAAUAAAGAGUUCAUUGAACCCAAAGUUCAAGGUCUAUGGAGAAUGGCUGUGGCGUCAAAUUUUACUGUUGAUGAACUUGCAUCCUUAAAGGUCGAGCUGCAGCAUUAUGAACAGCGUCUUUUGAAACUACGUCAUCUACAAGCAGAUCACGUAAGCAAUGUAGAGAAACAUCAUAGCAAGGUGGCAGCUACUGGUGACAAAAUGGACCAUUUCGAUCACGAACAACAAAUGAUUAAGAAGCACGCGCGUAAAGUAGAGAAGAUGCAUGCCGACAUUGAAAACAGAAUACUCGAGCGGCAUUCAGAACUCUAGGAUUUACCUGAAAAUAGUGUACCUUCGUAAUUAUUAAUGUUAAUAUUAAGUGUUAUAUGUGGAUCUACAAAUGGCUGAAAUAGAAAACAAUGUCUCGAGUGUGUUCCGUGCAGGUUUUGUCUACAAGUCUCAAGUUUACUAGUGAGCUAAUCAUUUGCACGGUUUGCUUGAAUUUAAAUUGUUACUAUAAAACUACAUAAAUUUUCAGAACUCGUAAAAAAUAUUUACUGCUGAAUAAAGAAUU